CCCUAACCCAAUUACAACUUAGCUUUGCUAUUAACCCCAAACCCACCUUCACAAUCCUAUCAUCAAACAUAAGCAUCAAAUUCCUCCAACUCAUCCUCUCUCUUCAUUUUCUCCAAACCCUCACCAAAAGAGAAGGAAGAUCAAACCAAGAAUUGUACAACUCACUUGUUAUAUAUCAACUUAUACUACUAUACAAAUAUGGUUGAUUCAUCUCUUUCAGCUGAAAUCUUCUUAGGUCACUUCACUUUCCCUUUCCAACUCUUUUCUGGUAAAGGUUAAUUAGAACAAACCCAUUGAUUUCACCUUCAACUCUUCUCAGUUCAGCUAGAAUUUGCAAGUUCCCAAGAAAAUAUAUACUACUCAGCUCUACUUCAAGAACAAGCUUCCAGAAAAGAUGGAUCAGUUAGCAGCUCAUGGCCGUCCUUUACCACCUCCUUUUCACACUAGAGAUCUUCAGUUACAACAGAAUAACAAUCCCCACCACCAGUUCCAUCACAUACAACAACAACAACAAUUACAAACGAAAGCUGAAGACGAACAACAAAGCGGACAUCGAAAUCAGAAAAGGGAUCGCGAAGAUACCUUCAGUUUAAAUCCUGAAUCAGGCUCUAUGGACAGCAAAGGAAAUACGGGAGGAGAAGGUGGUGGAGAAGUAAGCAGAAGACCAAGAGGAAGACCAGCUGGUUCUAAGAACAAACCAAAACCACCCAUCAUAAUCACUCGUGAUAGCGCUAACGCUCUUAGAUCUCACGUUAUGGAAAUCGCCAGUGGCUGUGAUAUACAAGACAGUAUCUCCACUUUCGCCACCAGAAGACAACGCGGUGUUUGCAUAUUAAGUGGUAGUGGAACUGUUACAAACGUUACAAUUAGACAACCAGCGUCUCCAGGCGCGGUGGUAACUCUACAUGGAAGAUUCGAAAUCUUAUCGCUUUCUGGUUCAUACUUACCACCGCCAGCACCACCAGCCGCAUCAGGGUUGACGAUAUACUUGGCCGGAGGACAAGGCCAAGUAGUAGGCGGUAGCGUUGUCGGGCCCUUGAAUGCUUCGGGCCCGGUGGUGAUUAUGGCGGCUUCGUUUGGAAAUGCAGCAUAUGAAAGGCUUCCACUUGAAGAUGAAGAAUCCCCGGUGGGGCAGCAAGGAAGUGGGGCUUUACCAACAAGUGGGAUAGUAAGUACUAAUCAACAACAUCAAGCUGCACAGCAAAUUAUGGGUGGUAAUGAUCCAAAUGCUAAUUUACUUCAAGGGUUGCCUCCAAAUCUACUAAAUUCAUGUCAAUUACCAACUGAUGCUUAUUGGGGAACAGGAGGUCGUCCUCCUUAUUGAUAAAAAAUUUGGGAAACUUCAAAAAACUAGUUGUCUUUUUUUUUUUUUUUUUUUUUUUCUCUUUGCAUUUUAUUAAUCUUGGACAUGGUUUCCGAAAUCCAAUAUUAUAGUACAGUAGUACUUCUACUACAACUUCUUCUCCAUCAUUGAUCACCUUUACUUCUUUAAAGUGCUAGUCGAGUUUGUGGAGUUAUUUGAUCUGUUUCUUAGUCAUGAACUUACAUUUUGAUUAGUGAGGGAUGUAAAAUUUCAAGAAUCAUUUGUGGGUUUUUCUUUAUUUUAUGUGAAUGGUAGCAAAAAGUUGUUAACAGAAGGGGGCAUGAAUUUUUCCUCAAGUUAUCUUAGAUAAUAAUCAAUCUUUUACUUCCUGCAGAAGCAAAAAGCCUCUCCAUUUUACAGUCUUUUUAGAUUUUUACUAUAUUUUAGUUACAAAAAAAAUAGUUUAGGUUCGAAGUUUCGGUAGUUCUUUAAAUCGUUACUAUAUAUUUUGUAUAUCAUAU